AUGCAGAGAUAUGUGCAAAGGUUGGGUGAAAUUUCGAAGCAAGCUCAAACAUUGAUGAAAACAAAAAAAUUUUGGCCAAAAUGCUUUAGUAUCGAUUUUAGUUUAAUUAAUUUAAGAAUUAGAGAGCUGUUGCAUCAGCUUUCAUUAUUUACAAAGCUCGUUUUUGUUGUGUUGAAGCAAGGAGUUAAGGAAUUUAGUCAGAUGAAAAUUUGA